AUGCCGCUAGCUCACAGUCGACGCUGGAGAGACAGAGCCAUUGGCCGUGACAUUGUGGAUCCACACUACAAGGAAUGUCUUUACGCUGGUAUUGGCGUCUCUUGUGCAAGUCUACCUGUGGAGAGUAUUGGUGUUGGUGAUCGAGGUGACGGAGCUGGAGUUCACUGCAACGACAAUACAAAAUCGAUGAGGAAUGAUAGGAGGAUUACUCCUUGCCAAGGUUGGGUCGUGGCUGGAAGUGGUCUUUCACUGAAAGAUGAGCUUAAUUCUAGGUGGAGCUUUAAUGGCACCUACCGUCAUUUAGGUGAAUCAGAUUGCAAAGGAGACAUUACGGGGGGUGAAAGUUUCACAGACAACAUCCCCCGAGUUGUCCCGGAUGAUUUGGGUGCUGUAGGAACUUCCACCAUUGUUCAAAUGGAUCCAACAGUGAAAUGCGAAGAAAACCUGGGAAUAGGGAUGAUUAUGAUGGUUACUCCAGAUGCAGUUUCGAGAAGCUGA